CCUGCUCCUUUGUUCUACCUGCUCCUUGGUCCUACCUGCUCCUCGGUCCUACCUGCUCCUAGGUCCUACCUGUUCCUUUGUCUGCAGUCUCUGGUCAUCCCCUGUACUGUGUCCGCAGUCUCUGGUCAUCUCCUGUACUAUGUCUGCAGUCUCUGGUCAUCUCCUGUACUAUGUCCGCAGUCUCUGGUCAUCUCCUGUACUGUCCGCAGUCUCUGGUCAUCUCCUGUACUGUGUCCGCAGUCUCUGGUCAUCUCCUGUACUAUGUCCGCAGUCUCCGGUCAUCUCCUGUACUAUGUCCGCAGUCUCUGGUCAUCUCCUGUACUGUCCGCAGUCUCUGGUCAUCUCCUGUACUGUGUCCGCAGUCUCUGGUCAUCUCCUGUACUAUGUCUGCAGUCUCUGGUCAUCUCCUGUACUAUGUCCGCAGUCUCUGGUCAUCUCCUGUACUGUCCGCAGUCUCUGGUCAUCCCCUGUACUGUGUCCGCAGUCUCUGGUCAUCCCCUGUACUGUGUCCGCAGU